UCGAAGCCUGCUCGUUCGUCGUUGUCGGUAAUCGUCAUUCACGAACACUUUUUCGCUGAUCCUCGGACGCCCACAGGCACGAUGCGAAGUCCAGGGAGGUCGCCUGGGAGGGCAGUGGACGCCAUGCGUGUCAUGGAGGGCGAACUUUUCUCGGAUAUCGCCGCCGGCAGAAGCGCACAGCUGUCGCCGUCCAACACCACCCGUGGCGACCGCUUCACGAACUCUUGCAAAUUCCUUGCCUGCGGCAUUGCUGGCGCUGUAGUAAUCUUAUUGAUCACCAUCGUCAACCAUCAAGCAUAUCAACAAGGCAGUUCGUCCGUGUGCCACACUGGACCAUGUCGAGACUACGCCUUCAUGCUCAAGGAAGCCAUCGACACUGAUCAAGACCCUUGCGAUGACUUUUACAAGUACGUCUGCGGUGGAUGGGAGAAGAAACGCGACAGGUCUGUUUUCCAGCACCUGAUCAUUAGCUUCGUCACCCAGCUCUGCAAGACACUCGAAGCCCCAGUUCCUCGUAAAGGACAGCACUCUGCAGAGAAGGCUGCUCAAUUCUUUCAGUCUUGCGUGAUGGCAGCGACGAGUGAUACUGGCGAAUUGGACCAUUUUCGUCAGGUGUGGCACGACAUUGGAAUCGACUGGCCCAAGGCAUCCAACAGCGCGGAUAUUUUGAGGACACUAAUCAGGCUGCCAAAGAGACUACGAACCGAUAACAUCUUCAGCAUAUAUUCGGGGGCAUCAUCAGAGUUCCCCAUUCUAUACCUAUCGUCAACGAACGUGAUUUCAAGAAUGCAUGAUACAAGAAGGACUCUGAAACGCAAACGCAGAUACCGAAGAUACUACGAAACUAUGCAAGCCUUGGCCAAGUCACCGGACACCACCAACCAAGAUCUGCUGGGUUAUUCUAGGCUAAAUCGAAUAGAGGGCAAAAUAUACCCUACUCUAGUCGCCGCUGCCACUUGGCGGCCAGGUGAUCAUUCGGUUGUGCUGGAUAAUCUUAGCACACUAGCUGAAUUAACCGACAUUGACUUUGAACGCUGGUCAGAAGUACUGUCAUCCGAACUCGGCAUUCCGUCUUCGGUGCCGGUGAUUGUGGUCAACAUGAAAUACACCCACGCGUUCUUCCAGCUAAUGAAGGACGUCGGCGAAACAGAGCUACAUCGAUUCGUGGGUUGGAUUAACACGCAGAUCAUGGCACCGAUCAUCAACAAGCACUUCCGGUCGCUGUUAUCUCUGGAGUCCUCCAUGGAGCUGGACGAAGUUCUUCAUUGCGCCAAGCUCACGGAGAGCUUUAUGGGGUGGGCGACGUACGCACGGUACGCUGCUCAAGAGUUCGACGCUGACACCAAACAAGACAUCCAACACAUCACGGACACGAUCAUCAAUACGACGGCUAUCCAGCUCUCCAAUAAAUCGAGACUUCUCAAAGGUAAUACCACGUUGCACAGCUUUCUUCAAUGGCGCCUGAAAUUUAUGUUGACAUACAUAUAUAGGGCCGAGAACCAGGACCUUCUGGACACAAUUUUCAGCAACGUUGACGACAUGACAGAUUCCUUAGCUGCUAAUAUGCUCAACGUCGUCAACGGCACGUCCUUCAUUAACAAUACGGUCUCCUACAAAGUGCACACAGAUCUUGUUAGUGAGGCAUCAAGUCCCCACUAUCAAACUUUCAGUAUCAUGGGAAGAAAGCGGAUCCUGCCACCAUACGCCACGGUCUUACCUUUGUAUGCCUUCCGUGUGACGUCAGCAGUGAAGUACGGCUCGCUAGGGAGACUGAUUGCAAGAGCCGCCAUUCAUAGUCUUAGAUACCAUAGCCCGGCGAUUUUUGAGGACGUGAACUGUACUGUCGAGUCUGACGGUAAGGGUUCUGUACUUGAAUCGGUAUUAGCCGUGCAGAUCGCCCGACAAUCCCACAAGGCGUCGUCGCCGUCGGCGGAUGAAGUGGUACUGCUUGGCUUGCCUGAUCUGACGGGACCUCAGAUUUUCUUCAUUACGGCCUGCUAUCUCUUGUGUGGUCAACCGUCCACGGUGAUACCUGCGGAGUUCAUGUGUAACGAGCAAUCGAAGCAGCAUCCGGAAUUUUCCAAAGCCUUCUCCUGUUCCAAGGGUAGACCAAUGUACUCGACAAAGAGAUGCCACCUCUGAUAUGAUAAUUUCCUUCAGGUUCACCUCGAUUCAUUGUUAAAAUAUGCACAUGUUUGACUUCCCAACCAUAAUUUUGAUGGAGACAAGAUUUCGAAAUGGGUGUAGUGCUGACACCUGAAACAGAAUAUUAUUAAACACAUGCUGUUUUAAAAGUG